ACCUGCAUGACUGAGCAUGCAAAUCCAGAUUUGCAGUCAACUGUGUUUUUUACAUCUUUUAUUUUGUGUGGGUGCAUGUGUGUUGCAGACUGCAGUAAGUGGCUCCACUGAGAUAUAAAAAAAACAGUGUCAUUUCAGAUGGAGCUGCAGCUCCACAGGAUGAUGACAGCUCCAACCGUCUACUGGUUGUUAUUUCUGGGCCAAAUAACAGGUGUUUCCUAUGGAAAUGCACUCUUUACAAUAUCUAAGUCAUCCCUGACAGCUACAGAGGGCUCAUGCAUUGAAAUAGAAUGCACUGUCACAGGACAAAUUGCAGAUGAUGUCAGUGCACACUGGUUUUGGGUAAAAGAUGCAAAAUGGAAUGACAAUAAAGGAGAUUUUUUUGGGACUAUUGUUUAUAGCAACAAGAAUACAUCAGACCAUCCUCUCAGUCCAGACUUUAAAGACAGAGUGACAUAUACCGGAUCUCCAAGUUUCUCCAGCAGAAAUGACCCCUCGCAGAAUACACUGUGCAGUAUUUUCAUCUGCAACCUGAAAACCUCAGACACAGGACAAUAUUCCUUCAGAUACAAUGGAGACAAGAAAUGGAUAACUAAACCAAAUGCAAGUCUUACAGUGAACGAAAAUGAAUGUCUGGUCUCUUUUAAUAAACCAGAGGCUGUGAUAGAAUCUGGCUGGAUAAGCCUCAUAUGUUCGACUUCGAGUUUAUGUUCUUCACGCCCACAAAUCAAAGGUGUGACACAGCGGACCAAUGAGGCAACAUAUUCUCUAAAUACACGUCAAAGCAACCGAGUCACAGACGCAUUUGAAGCCACUUGGGAGGAUGAUGGCAAAGAGUUCUCCUGCCAAAUUGAAAAUAACCAAGACAAAUACUUGGUUCGGAACAUCAGCAUAACUGUAGAACAUGCUCCCAGAAAUACAGUGGCUCAUACAAUCCCAAACGACAUUAAAGAAGGGGAUCCGGUGACUCUCAAAUGCUCCUCCAGUGGACGUCCCAUUCCCACCUUUGAAUGGUUUGAACAUGGCACAAAUGAAAAAAAGUUCUCAGGUUCAGAGUGGACAAUCCCAUCAGUCCAACUGUCAGAUGCUGGACAAUACUACUGUAAAGCUCACAACAAAUAUGGGAACAACAUCUCAAAUGUGAUCCAACUUAUUGUUACAUAUAAACCUCGUGUUGAGGUGAUAGUGGUGUCACCUCAGCCUCCGUUUAUACAAGGGGAAAGAGUUGAUUUAAGUUGUAAUGUGGUAACAAGCAACCCAUUACCUACCUCCUACAGGUGGUUUAAAAACCGGGCUCAGGUUGGUAGUAGAAUGACAUAUGUUAUUAACAGGAUUGAGCCUGAGGACAGUCAGUCUUACACAUGUGAAGCGACGAACACUGUGGGCACUGGAAAGUCACGCCCUCUACAAAUGAACAUUCACUAUAAGCCGAGGAACACAAGCAUUAUCAUUGAACCUCAAAAAGUGAGAAAGGGUGAGCGCCUGACUUUCACAUGUAAGACUGAUGCCAAUCCCACCCCUGGAACGUACACCUGGUAUCGCUACAGUAACAACACACACUUAGACUCAUCGCUGUGGAAGUCAAAGACAACAAAUGAAAACAGCCUACUUUUGGAGAAAGUACAAGUGGACGAUGAAGCCUGUUACAUGUGUAACGCCACCAACUCCGUGGAUCCCGGGGACAACAGCCAACCGGGUUGCGUAGAUGUACUGUAUCCUCCCACCAACCUCACACUGACCAUGGUCACUGACAUCACUGAAGGCCAGUGGAUCACCAUCAACUGUACUGUGAAAAGCUCUCCAAAAUCAGACCUCAGCUUAAAAUGGUCCUCAAAGGAGCUUCAGAAAACCAAUAGAAACAACACUCUCCGCCACACAUUCCAAGUCACUUCAGCCCACACAGGAAAUUACAUUUGCCACGCCCACAACAGCGAAGGAUCACCACAAAGCACAGAGAGGAAGCUGGUGGUCAAAUAUAGUCCCAAAAAUGUGAGGGUGUCCGCCUCUCCGGGUCUAACUGUCAAUGAAAACACAAUGCUGAAGCUGGAGUGCAGUGCUGAGUCCCACCCACCUGUGAGGUCUUUCAUUUGGUUAAAGCGUAAAGAUGGGCAGGAUGUAUUCUUGAAAGAGGGUCAGACUUUGGUUGUGAAGCCUGUGACUCCCAGUGACAGUGGACGCUACAGCUGUAAGGCCAGCAAUGAGAUUGGAAAUGGAACAUCACAACCGGUCGAUGUUAAAGUCAGAUAUGCUCCAAAACACACUGAGAUCAUAAGGCUAGAGGAGCAGCAGCAGCCUGAUGGGACCAGGACAGUGAAGCUGAAGUGCAGCAGCAGCCGCAGUUAUCCUGAAGUCAAACAGUACAGGUGGUACAUGAAGGAUCAACAUGGAGAUGUGAAGGUGUCUGACCAACAAAUCCACACAGUUACCUCUGACAAGCCAGGACUGUACUACUGCAUCGCCCAGAAUGAAAUUAGUGGAAAAAUGUCAGAACCAGAGCCUGUGUUUAUGAAUCGAGACUUUAUAAAGAUCAUCAUCCUUGCUCUUAUUAUUCUCCUCAUUAUUGUCAUCAUUUUCUUUGUUUACAGACACAGGAGGAGGAAAUCUAGUCAACAAAGAGUUGUGAACACCCUGCCCUGGUGGAGCUCUGUCACUUCUCUGGGCAGGUGUUAUGGUGCCAGGAGGCCAGAGGCAGGCUUGGCCUUGGCAGAGCCUUCCAGGAGCAGGGAUGACCUGCUGCUGCCAGCCCGGCCAUGUGGUCAAAACGGCCAACAGAGCCAGCACCGUCCAGACAACACUGGUGCCUCCAGCAUCAGCACCAUUUACUGCACCGUGAAAUACCCCACAGGACAAGAGAGUUCUACACAAAAACCACACAGCAGACACCAAGGUGGACGUGAACUAGACGACUUCCUCAACUAUGCCUCUCUACACUUCGACAAGAAGCCAAAGAACAGACCACAAAAAGCAAACACGGAAGUUGUGUAUGCGGCGGUCGCUAAGUCAAAGCCCCUUAAAAAGAAUGAAUCAGAAGUUGUGACAGUCUAUGGGAACAUUAAUGAAGGACAUAAAGGGAAACCUCCAAACCUCCUUAUCUAUGACACAGACACCAGUGAAGAUGAAGCGGACAUCAGCUACACACAGGUGAACUUUGUGGCAAAGCCAGGAUGUAAGAAAAACACAGGAGACUCCAGCAGCUCAGAUGAGGAACAGACUCAGUACAGCCAGGUCAAAUUAUGAGUUCAUAAAUGUAGUCUAAUAUUACUGUACAGGUAUUAUCAUUACAUCUUAUUAUUAUUAUCAUCAUUAUUUUAAUUAUUGCUUGUUGUUUAUUUUCAGUGUAUAUAUUUCAGUAAUGUGAAGGUUAUUAACUGAAUUUAUGUAUGAAUCUAAAACUGUAAAAAAAAAAAAAAAAAAAAAAAAAAAGUUUAUUAAUGCUUUUUAGACUAAACACAAAGACUGUGGAUGAAUGUAUUUUACAUUUAUUGGCAUAGCUUUGCCUUUGUGGACAUGCUACAGCAGUGAUAUGGCUACAAUGAGCAGUUUUUGAAAAAUAUUACAGUUAUUUGCAAAUAAAUUUUUUUUAUACCAAAAUCACUGUCAGUUUCUUUUUUUUUUAAGUUUGCUUAAAAGUUAGAAUAAAAAAUGGGGUACAAACAAUAAAGCUAAUGAGCUUAAUGUGAGACAGUUAAGUUUUCUGUGAAGGAUUGUAAGAAGGUUAAUGAUGAAGUACGAAAAUGGUUCAACUUCAGCAGAAAGACAUAUUUGUGAUUUACAGUACAUACUGACA